AUGACAUCCCUAAAUAUUGAGAAGGACGAAGAUGAAGAAAAAGAUCACACUGCCACCACUAAAGGUAAGGACCUUGUUCCAUCUUUUCCACCAACUUCUGUAACUGUACAAGACAUUGACAUUGAUCAUCUAAUCGAUAAGCUCAUGGAAACUGAUAAGGAAGGGGAAGAAAUGGACCCCAAAAAUGGGAAAUGGCGGUAUAAAGAUGAAAUGCAGUCUAGCACGAAAGAACAAGAUGAAGAUGAAGAUAACGCUAGAGGUGAAGAUGGAGAUGAAGAUAAUGUUGGAGGUAAAGACGGAGAUGAAGAUAAUGAUAAUGAUGAUGAUGAUGAUGAUGAUGAUGAUGAUGAUGGGGACAAUGAAGAUGACGAUGAUGAGACAGAACCCCAACCAUGA